AUGAGUUUGGACAAGAAUCUGUUCACGUUGGUGGUUACUCCGAACAAAGACCAUCCGAAUGUCGUCGAUCUCGUCGAACCUUCCGGGACGAUUCAUUAUCGGAAACAGCGGGUUGUGGAUCCUGCUGGGUACAAGGUUGAGGUUUAUGACCCGAUGUCCGAGUCCUUGCUGGUGACGGUAACAGCGCCGGCUAGCACUAGCAAGGUGAAGGUGUUGGAGCUCUGCAAUCCUACGAAGAUAGUAGAAUUGAAGUACACGGGCACUUUGUCGUUCAAAUGGAGCUUCCAGUGGGAAGAACACGAAUUCGAGUGGAAACGGGAGGAAUGCUAUUUGUUACGAAAGCCAGAUCCUCCGGUUCUGGUUGCUGUUACCAAAGAGCCUGCUGGUCGGCUAAAGACCUCCUCAAUACAAGUCCUAGACUACAAUCUGAAUCGAUUCGAUAUUGAUGAUAGGAAGGGUUUGGAGAUCGUCAUGCUCACUGCAUUGUUGACGUUCCAUGAUGCGAAUGAUACCUACCAUAAGGACGGCGAAUCCCCCUCUAGUACUUCGUUCUUUGGUGUUCGACGUACAAUGUCCGAGGUCGCCGCCGAGUCGUCGGCCGCUGGACAAAGUGCCCCUCCUACCCUCCCGCCUAAGCCAACGCCAAGGGGCGGUAUCGACAGAAUAGCUGAGAUGCAGGCUAUAAAAGGCGAAUACAACGAGGUGACUGUUGCAGAGGAAGGUUCGAUUGAAGACUAUGGUCAAUACUGCUUCAAUCUGUUGCAGGACGAUGCUAUUCUCUUCAUCACGAUUCGUUCUGCAGGGGCUGAGCAAGUCCCGAAGGUUGUUCAGGUGGUUGAGCAGACAAAGCGAGUACGCCAUAAGGCUGGCGUCGAGGAGGAGAUUCAUCAGUACGUUUUAUACGACACGAUAACGUCUCCCCAGAAGGGACCUCGGAGAAUCAAACUAGAUGGCGACGACGACAAGACGAAGUCCAACAAGUAUACCCCACCGAACAGUCUCACAAUCCACAUUAGUAAGAUUCCUAUGCCUGAAUUGCAGCCCAAAGCGGCGGUGCCGGAGAAGUCCGCAAAGGAUCUAAAGAAGGAGGAAAAGGAAAGGAAAGAUAAGGAGAAGGGUCUCAAGGAAAAGGAAAGGAAAGACAAGGACAAAGAGAAGAAAAAAGAAAAGAAAGACCAGCGUGAGGGACCUAAAGCCAAUACACCUCCGUCUACACCGGGACCCAGCACUGAGGCAAGCCAUCCACCCCGACCCAACAAGCUCACACGACCGGGCCAACCCCACUCGUCAUCUUCCAGACUUGAAACGCAAUCCACUGCAUCUCUUUCACACCCUACCAAACCUUUCAGGUACAGUAUGCAACCACCCCCUCGACCCUCUCCCUCCCCAGCCCCGCCAGCAAAUUGGAAUGGCUCGUAUGCUCAGAGUUUUUACGGUGCUUAUGCGCCACCACCGCGACCACCUCAACCUGGUUAUCCUCAGAAUUAUUCUGAUCCGAUUCAUGCCCCAUCGCCUGCUAGUAGAUGGUCCGGACACCCUCAGCCCCCGCCUCCAAAUCAAUACAAUCAACCAGGUGGACAGUCUGCUCACAACGGUGCACCUACGCCCUCCAACGUAGUCUCUGGGUUGCUAGGCCUGUUGAACAGACGUUGA